AUGCCUAGCAGAAUGGGCACAAAAAUUGAUUUGAACAAAGAUUUCAUCAGAGUAAAAACACACUAUAGUGGGGACAUCCUGAUAACAAACUUGGUUGCGUCAAUGAGCUAUGAUGAACUUUGUGAUGAAGUGCAUGAGAUGUGUAAUUUACAACAGGAACAGCCAAUUACCCUCAAGUGGAUUGAUGAUGAAGGUGACCCAUGUACCAUCUCAUCUCAAAUGGAACUGGAAGAAGCCUUCCGUUUGUAUUGUCAAAACAGAGAUGAAGGGCUGAUUAUUCAUGUUUUCCCAAGUAUUCCAGAGAAACCUGGCAUGCCUUGUCCAGGAGAAGACAAAUCAAUCUACCGACGUGGAGCCAGAAGAUGGAGGAAGCUGUACCGAGUGAAUGGGCAUUUGUUUCAAGCCAAACGUUUUAACAGAAGAGCGUAUUGUGGCCAGUGCAGUGAAAGGAUAUGGGGUCUCGGAAGGCAAGGCUACAAGUGUAUCAACUGCAAACUGUUGGUCCAUAAACGUUGUCAUAUACUUGUUCCACUGACCUGCAAAAGGCAUAUGGAUUCGGUCAUGCCUUCCCAGGAACCUCAGUUAGAUGAUAAAAAUGAUGAAGUUGACCUCCCUUCAGAAGAAACUGAUGGAAUUCCCUACAUUCCUUCAAACCGGAAACAUGACAACAUUAAAGAUGACUCUGAGGAUAUCAAACCAGUCAUUGAUGGAAUGGAUGGAAUUAAGAUUUCUCAGGGGCUUGGACUACAGGACUUUGAUUUAAUCAGAGUUAUCGGACGUGGAAGUUAUGCCAAAGUUCUUUUAGUUCGGUUAAAAAAGAAUGAUCAAAUUUAUGCUAUGAAAGUAGUGAAAAAAGAAUUGGUCCAUGAUGAUGAGGAUAUUGAUUGGGUACAGACAGAGAAACAUGUGUUUGAACAGGCAUCCAGUAACCCAUUCCUAGUUGGUUUACAUUCAUGCUUUCAAACAACAAGUCGAUUGUUUCUUGUCAUAGAGUAUGUAAAUGGGGGAGAUCUUAUGUUUCAUAUGCAACGGCAAAGGAAACUUCCUGAAGAACAUGCAAGGUUUUAUGCUGCUGAAAUUUGUAUUGCUCUAAACUUCCUACAUGAAAGAGGCAUAAUCUACAGAGAUUUAAAACUAGACAAUGUUCUUUUAGAUGCAGAGGGUCAUAUCAAAUUAACAGACUAUGGCAUGUGCAAGGAAGGUUUGGGCCCUGGUGACACUACAAGCACUUUCUGUGGGACACCAAAUUAUAUUGCACCAGAGAUCCUCAGAGGAGAAGAAUAUGGGUUCAGUGUGGACUGGUGGGCUCUCGGUGUGUUGAUGUUUGAAAUGAUGGCAGGAAGGUCUCCAUUUGACAUUAUUACUGACAAUCCAGACAUGAACACUGAAGAUUACCUCUUCCAAGUUAUUCUUGAGAAGCCAAUCCGGAUUCCAAGGUUUCUUUCUGUCAAGGCUUCCCAUGUGUUAAAAGGAUUUUUAAACAAGGAUCCCAAAGAAAGGCUUGGUUGUCAGCCGCAGACAGGAUUUUCUGAUAUCAAGUCUCAUACAUUUUUCCGCAGCAUAGACUGGGAUCUGCUGGAAAAGAAGCAAGCAACCCCUCCAUUUCAGCCUCAGAUCACAGACGAUUAUGGUUUGGAUAACUUUGAUACACAGUUCACCAGCGAACCUGUGCAGCUAACCCCAGAUGAUGAAGAUAUAAUAAAGCGAAUAGAUCAGUCAGAAUUUGAAGGAUUUGAAUAUAUUAACCCAUUGUUGCUGUCAACAGAAGAAACAGUAUGAAGGAAUGACAUCUUCGUUGUGGACAAUGUGAAUGACCUUUAAAUUUAUCCUUAACUACAGUAUAUGCAUGCGAGGCUGGGGAACUGUAAGAUUUUGGAUGGAGACCAAUGAUUUAAAAAAAAAAAAAAAAUUGCUGCUGAAAAUCAAAGAAGAUAAUGAUUUUAGUGGGUGUCUUCUGCCACUUAGUGAUUCUUAAGUUCUGGGCGCUGACACAACUGGCUUCAUUAAUGAAGGACUUUGCAAUUUGUGCCUGUUUCAUGAAGGAUUGAAGCGUUCAUUGCAUCCCUGGAAAAGGAGAUUCUGAAAAACUUUUGAGAUCCACACACUUUCUACAAACUUUUGAUGCAAUGAGCUACCAAUUGAAGAAUAUUACGGUGUAACAUCCUGAAGAAUAAAAUAUAUUACAGUGGUGUUGAAGCUUA